AGUCCACAAUGGGGUCUGGACCAGCGUCCCGGUGUCUGGAUCUGUUUGUCGUUUUGUCUCUGCUGCCCGCGUGCAUCUACACGAACCGGAUUAACAGAGACACACCGGAGCUCCACAAGUCCACCAUCACCGGGCUCGGGGUGAAGGAGCACUCGCAGAUUGUUGCACAGCACAAUAGACUGCGCAGCCGGGUCAAACCCAUGGCAGCUAACAUGCAAAAAAUGGAGUGGAAUGAGAAAUUGGCCUUACUUGCAAAGGAGAGGGCGGCAUCGUGUCACACAGACCCUCCUCCUCAACACUCCUCAUCUUUCACACAUGUUGGCUGGAACAUACAUCUCUCUGCAUAUGGUGACACCUCGUUUUCUGAUGUUAUUCAAUCUUGGUUUGAGGAGGGAGAAGAUUUUCUCUACUUGAGUGGGCACUGUAGGGAGAACGCCACCUGUCAACACUAUACACAGCUGGUGUGGGCCACUUCGAGUCACGUGGGCUGUGCCAGCCAGCUGUGUCUGAGAGAAGGAGACCUCUGGGAAAUCUUUGUCUGUGCAUAUUAUCCUGGGGGGAACUGGGAGGUAAAUGGUCGCCUGGUGAUGCCUUAUAAGACGGGGCUGUACUGCUCUCUCUGCACCUCCUCCAUGUCUGGCUGCUUCAGACUAUGGGACCAUGUAGGUGGAUUAUGUGAGAUUCCACGGAAUCCUUGUCGAAUGAGCUGUGGUCAACACGGCCAUCUUAACAUCUCUUCCUGCAAGUGCACGUGUGACCUGGGUUUCACCGGACGUCUCUGCCAGGUACGGUGCAGUGUGCAGUGUGUACAUGGUCGUUUUAAAGAAGAAGAAUGCUCCUGCUUGUGUGAUGUUGGCUUUGGUGGUGCUGAGUGUGCAGAGAAAGUGCAGUUUCCCUUCCACAGCUGUGAUGUGAUGAUAGAUGGCGAUUGCUUCAUGGUGUCUUCAGAAGCUGACACCUACUAUGGAGCCAAGAGUCACUGUCAGGAACGAGGGGGUAUUCUAGCCCAGAUCUACAAUCAGAAGGUUCAGGACAUCCUGGCGUUUUAUCUCAGUCAGCUGGAGACAAGCAACGAGGUCACCAACACUGACUUUGAGACACGAAACUUCUGGAUCGGUUUGACAUAUAAGCCUCUGAAAGACUCAUUUCGCUGGGACACAGGAGAGAUCCCUAGAUUCAGCAGCUUUGCCUUCGGGCAACCUGACAACCAAGGCUUUGGAAACUGUGUAGAGCUGCAGGCGUCAAGUGCCUUUAACUGGAACGACCAGCGCUGUAAAACGCAGAACCGAUACAUUUGCUUGCAUGCUGCAGAGCACAUUGCCCGGUGGGAGGAUGGCAGGUGACCUGAUUUCUCAAAGCGGUGAACCUAGGUGUUUAUAGCAAGUGUUAAAUAUUGACCGGGACAACGGCCACUCAUGUUUUUUAUUUUUCAAUCAGUGU